ACCAGGUCCCUCUCACAGCCACUGCUGGGUCCGACUUCGACUGGCGAGAACGGCGAUGGGGGUGUUGUUUUGAUUGAAGUUGACGGGUUUUUGUUUUUUUUUUCCUUCACGUUUUUAUUCCUCCCAUUGCAACAACGUGGAAUCCAGGAUGUUUUAUGUGCUUUCCGAGUGUUUCGUCUCGUCCAGGAAGGAGAAACACUCUCGGGAAUGACCGAUCUUAAACCGAGAGGAGCAACAGUUUUCCAACCAGUCAGUAGGCUGACCUAUGCUAAGCUAACCUGCUAGCCAGUGCAGUUGAGACUUCGCUGUUAAAAGUCCGCAAAAAAACGAGAAAGUAAACGUCUCGGGGUGUCGGUGACUGGGUGAGCUUCACUGGCGUCUUCCCGUAGAGAAACCCGUCCCUCGGUGGCUUAACUUUGUCCCGGUCGGGGUGCACGGUGCAGGUGCAUCUCUUGCGGCACCUGCGAAAACUUUGGGAACUCACGUUAGCUCCAUCGGCGGAGAGCUAACUUUAGCGCGUUAGCUUAAAGCAGAAGCAGAGGAGUAGGACCCGUUUAUUUUAAUUGAUACGUUAGUUUAAACUGCACGUUGCUAUUUUAACCGUCAACCCGUAAAGUGGUGACAUUAGUGUAUAAGUAUUUUGGCUGGCGGAGUAGUUGCCCCUCAUACCGUUUCACCGCAGUGGCGACGUGGAUAACGUUACGCUCUCACUCUCCCACGGGACUUUGGACGGCUUGAUCCCGUCGUGGGAAUGAACCUCUGUUCCCACCCGCUAGUCUCGUUGGUGUGACAGCAUGAGGAUUUCCAAAAGUUACAUUUUAUCGUUUUAAAGUUUUUUUAUUUUAUUGUUUUUGUUUCUGAAAGCUCUGCACCCUAUGGUGCCGCUACGGCCACCGAGAAAUGGAUGUCUCGCAGGCCGCUUUCCCAAACGGUGAAGGGCGGCCGUGCGGCGGAGGGACGGGGGACCAUGCCUGGACAGACUCCCCCACGGCCCGGGCGUGCGCUCACUCGGCCCCGUUGUGCCCGACACGGUCUCUGUGGACAGCCGCGUAUGACUACGAGGCGAGCGGCGAGGAUGAGCUCAGCCUCAGGCGAGGGGACGUGGUGGAGGUGCUGUCCAAAGACGCGACGAUCUCCGGGGACGAGGGAUGGUGGACGGGUAAAAUCAACCACCGGGUCGGGAUUUUCCCCUCAAACUAUGUCACCUACCAGCCCGCUAUUUACCGGCUCCCUGCGACCGGUGGGUCUGCGGGGACACAAGAGCAAGUCCCGAGCUCGCCCGUCCAGAUCCCCUUCAGUGAACUGGUGCUCGAGGAGAUCAUAGGCGUGGGUGGAUUUGGCAAAGUGUAUCGGGGCACAUGGAAAGACCAAGAGGUCGCCGUGAAGGCAGCUCGGCAAGAUCCAGACGAGGACAUAACAGCCACCGCCGGCGGUGUUAAACAAGAAGCGAAACUUUUCUCCAUGCUCCAGCACCCCAACAUUAUUAAACUGGAGGGAGUGUGUUUGGAGGAGCCCAACCUGUGCCUGGUCAUGGAGUAUGCCCGAGGCGGGACACUGAACCGGGCGUUGACCGGAAGGCGCAUCCCUCCGCACAUCCUGGUCAACUGGGCCGUGCAGAUUGCACGCGGGAUGCUCUAUCUACACAAGGAGGCCGUGGUACCCAUUAUCCACCGUGACCUGAAGUCUAGCAACAUUUUAUUAUUCGAAACGAUUGAGAAUGACGACAUCGGGAGGAAGACUUUGAAGAUCACAGAUUUCGGCCUGGCCAGGGAGUGGCACAAAACCACCAAGAUGUCAGCUGCAGGCACCUACUCCUGGAUGGCCCCCGAGGUGAUCAAGUCCUCUCUCUUCUCCAAAGGCAGUGACGUCUGGAGCUAUGGAGUCUUGCUGUGGGAGCUGCUAACAGGGGAGGUGCCGUAUCGUGGGAUAGACGGCCUGGCUGUUGCUUAUGGUGUAGCAGUCAAUAAAUUAACUCUACCGAUCCCCUCCACCUGCCCCGAACCCUUCGCCAAGCUCAUGGAAGAGUGCUGGGACCAGGACCCCCACGUGCGUCCCUCCUUCUCCUGCAUCCUGGAGCAGCUGUCAGCCAUCGAGGAGGCGGUGAUGGCCACCAUGCCCCAGGACUCUUUCCACAGCAUGCAGGACGACUGGCGUGUGGAGAUCCAGGAGAUGUUUGAUGAGCUCAGGAGCAAAGAGAAGGAGCUACGUUCCAGAGAAGAGGAGCUGACGCAGGCCACCCUCCAGCAGAAGUCUCAGGAGGAGCUUCUGAAGCGCCGGGAGCAGCAGCUGGCCGAGCGGGAGAUCAACGUGCUGGAGAGGGAGCUCAACAUCCUCAUUUUCCAGCUCAACAAAGACAAGCCCAACGUGAAGAAGAGGAAAGGCAAAUUCAAACGCUCCCGCCUUAAACUGAAGGACGGAAACCGCAUCAGCCUGCCCUCAGACUUCCAGCAUAAGAUCACGGUGCAGGCGUCACCUUCCAUGGACAAGAGGCGAAGCCUUCAUAGCACCAGCUCCUCUCCUCCCAGCAGCCCCACACCCAUCCCGCGGCUACGAGCCAUUCAGCUGACCCAAGAUGAGAGCAACCGUACAUGGGGCCGCAGCACCCCCUUCAGGCCAGAGGAGUUUGAGGAUGUGAAAAAGGGAAUCAAGAAGAAAGGCAGAACCUGGGGUCCCAGUUCGGUACAGAGCAAAGAAAGACCUGCUGCUGCUGAGAGAGUGCGCCCUCUGUCAGAUGGCAGUAACCCCUGGUCCACCAGCCUGGUCAAAUGCCAGAAGUCGGUCCCCCUCUCCGCCCUGUUUGCUGAACAAACGGGGGCCGGCAAAGAUGAGGCUUUCUCCCAGGAAUGUCCAGACAGCAGCUCCAAGCCAAAGCAGCUCAAGUUCCCCAACCAGGUGUACAUCGAUCUACCUCUGUGGAGGGACGAGCAGCAGCCUCAGAGCCCCGGUGGGCAUUGUGGGUCGGGAGACUCUGGGGUCGGGGCAGCAGGUCAGGGUGGCCCACCAGAGACCCCAGAAGACACCACCACAUCCACCUCGUCCACCUCCACCACCCCACAAGUCACCCCCACCAACAGCCUGAAGCGGAUGUCGGCUCGCCGCAAGACCGACUCGGUGCUGUACGGCUGCGGCUCGUUGCUGGCUUCCGUUGUGCUCGGUUACGACAUGAGGGAGGCUCUCAAAAACUCUGCUCCUGGGGAGGAUUGUGAGCCGCAGCGCGACGAGAAAGAGAAGAAGAAGAAGGAGGGCCUGUUCCAGCGCGCGACCCGAUUCCGCCGCAGCACCUCGCCGCCGGGCGGUCGCUCGCGCAAAGACGAGGCGUCGUCGAACCACGCGGCCACGCAACCUGUCAAUCUCAUCUCCAUGUCAGCUAUUAUGGAAUGCAACUCCACCAAGUGUCUCGUGCAGUCUGAGGCGGAGGUGUCGCCGUCUAGGUCCGGGAAGGUUGAGCUCGCGCCGGCCAAUCCUCCCACAGAGUCAUCCGGACCCAGCCCAGUAGCUGCUGCAGAAGGCCAGAAUAACGGGACUGCAGCUAACACGCAGACGCCACCGCAAACCCAAAGCCAGCCACCCGAGCAGAACCAACACAACACGGGAACGCGCCUACGCAGAAAGAAAUACCCCAGCAACCACAUUACCAAUGGCCCGCCCACUCUGCCUCCUCCGGCCUCGCAGAAGAAGCAAGAAAAGGAUCAGGAUGGACUGUCAGAGAAGCCCUCUGGCGGGGAGGCCUUCUCCAGACCGCGGCCAGUGUCGUUCCGGGCCAAGCCACACACCUGGGCCCUGCUGCGGGGACGCAACAAGAGCUACUCCCUGGGCCACUACUCCGGAGAGAAGACGGCCCAAAACCUGAGCGUGGUGCUGUCCUCGGAGGUGGGGAUGGGCUGCUCCCUGCUGGACAUGGACACAGAGGGCCAGAAACGGGACUGCACUGUGCCGCUCUGCCGCAUUCAGAGUUCCCCGGGACGGACCUCUGUCUUUGAGCUGGAGAAAGAGUUUCUCUCUUAGGAGCCUUACAAAGUGAUCUGCUGUGGUCAUGCUUCCUCCCAUACAACCGUUGAGUGUUUCAGAACAUUCAGACCGAAUAUUUGGCCUUAAACUCCUGGAGGGUUUAGAACCAGACCAGACUGCCUCCCCCCCCCUCCUGUUUUCUAUAACAUAGAACCCAGCUUUGUCUUAGUUUGAGAACAUAGUGAUGUCAGUGUUCUAGGAGAUGUUGAAUGUGCGUCCGCAUCUCAAUUUUGAGAACGGUCACAAGCGCAGUUCAGACCAAAGAUAAUGUGAAACCCGCCAGUUUACACCAAUGCGACUAAACGGGACUGUUCAUUCUUGUCCCCCGAGUGCGCCAAAGAGUGGGAGGCCAUGGGCGCACUUGACUGCGAUCUGGCUGUGUUCAUGAGCCCGCGAUGAGACUAACCAUCGACUUGUGAAGGCAAAGAGAUAAAGAUGAGCGCUCUGUGCUGAGAAAGUACUGCCGGCUACUGAACAGGAUGCAUGCUGGGGGGGGACACCACGAAUUGGCCGAGUAUUCAGCCUGUAAUUUGUCUGGAUGUUAAAGAAUUUGUUUUCUUUUUUAGUUUUUCGUGUUACAGGUUUAAAUAACCUUCGACCGUAUUGUUUAUCCUGCUGUCGUAAUAUUUCCACACACGUUUCAGAUCCAAAAGCCUCGAUCAGUCAUCGGCUAUAAACUAGUUUUUCUCUGCGUGUGAGAGAGAGAGAGCGCGUCUCAAAUGGUGAACGUAAGAGAGUGGGCAGAAAGAAAGGAUACGGAACCGGCUGCGGUUAUCUUCUCUUUUCCGCCAUUUUUAAAACCAACUGACCGUUUGUAACCGACUUGACCAGCUGACUUUGCGACCAGCCCGCCGGCGACUUGACCAGCUGAGUCGCCGGCGACACGAUGAUCGGCCCGGCUUGAACCGAGCUGAGCCGGCCAGCCGCGACAGCUUAGUCUCGCCGCAAAUCUUUGGUCCAGACUGUGAUCGCCUACAGCGCCUCGACUCGUACUCGAACCCCCGGUUCCGAACCCGAGCGGGACACGCACGGAAUCAGCAGCUCCGGUCACUCGAUGCUCCUCUCUUCCUCCCCUUUUUUGUUACCUUCUUCCUUUCUGGUUCUGUCGGUGCAGCUAAACGUUGACCGCCGCUGCAGCUUUUCGCAACACAAUACCCUCACCUUUUUAUUUAUAUAUAUAUUUUUAUAGGUAAUUUAAUAUGAAGAGACUUGACCUGACCUUAGCAACCAGCAGGACAUACACAUUCCAUGUCAGUUUCAAAGCUGUGCGAUCACACUUUUAGAUUAUUUUUGGACUUGAGAAUCAUGCAUGCAUGCACCCUUAAAAUGUUGAACAAAAAAAUAAUAAUAAUAAUCCCUGUCUUUUUUUUUUUU